AUGGUGCUCCUAGCAGUGGGCGAGGCCCGCCGGCUCCUGCGCCGCCGCCUCUGCGUCCACUCUUCCCUUCUGCCGGGGUUCGCUCAGCGUGGCCGUGGCUCUUCUGCUGCCGCCGCCCCAGCUGUUGAUUCAGCUGGUGAUGUUGCCUUUGCUGCCUCUGAUCGUCCAUCUUCUCGGCCUCCUGCUUUGGUUGAUGAUGGUUAUAUGGCGUCUGCUACCUUUGUUGUUCCUAUGUUGCCUACUGGCGCCGUCCAGUCCUCCUCGGCUGUGCCUGGUUCCACUGUUGAUUCUUCAGUUGGUGCUGUCGUCAGUUAUGGAUCUGUUGUGGAUCCUUCUGCUUUUCCUUUGGCUUCGCAAUCUCGGAGGCGGGAGAUAAGUUCAGGCAAGCGCCCUGUUGAAGAGGUUCCUGACGCUGCUGUUGGUGAACUAGCAAAAAUACAUAUGAUUCUUCAGAUCGAUUCAUUUUGCCACCGAUUGCUUGAUCAUCUCGCUGUGCAUAUGUUUCAGAACGUCAGUAAUCUCUACACAAGGAGAAUGAAGAGUUUAUAUGGAGAGAAAAGAAUCAAGCUUUGUAGCGAGGAGAAGCAGCACAUCAGCGGAAACAGAGCCAACAUGCCAGCACCACAUGGUUCUGCUUUCUCUUCCUCGCUCAACAAAGUAGCUGAUGCUGCGGCCAUGCAUGCGCAUGGAGAGGCAGCGGAGGCUCCACUGACGAUGUGGUUUCCUUCACCAAGAAGCGACAAGACGGAUGGUGGCGCCGCUACCAUCGUCAAAGAUGUCGCGGUAGCGCAUUCAGCUCUGCUUCUGACGCUUCGGUGCCACGACAGGGCUUCACAGCUCGGCAGAUGUGUAGCCCCCUUCCCCGAGCAAUGGCUGCAGGCCAUUGGGAGCACCGUAUUGUUCUUACAUGCGUCGAUUCAUGGCUCCGGCGAUCGGAAUUGAAGAGAAGAAGCAACAGAGGUAGCGUCACAGAAGGGGGAGGAAAAGGGGAUCCUGAUGUGGGUGAGUGUGGAUGCAUGCGUGUGAGCCUGUGAGGAGUUACCAAUGACAAAGUAGGACUGUGUGCUGCGUACAUGCGCGUAGUCGCGUACGAUGUGUACAUUUUUUUGACCCUUCGUAUGUUGUGGUACAUUGGCUGUAUACACUUAUUAUUUCUUUAG